GACAUAUUGACAUUGGAAAAUAUCCCUAUUUGAGGUUAUUUUAUAUAAAACGGUGGUCGAUGGUGUAAUUAAUUUUUUUUUAAAUUGAAUAUAUUCCCAUCAUGUCCGUUGAAGAAAAAUUGAAGCAAGGACCAAGGGAAGGAGUUACAUACCCUUUAAAUGUUAUCUAUUGUGGUAACUGUACAAUGCCAAUAGAGUAUUGCGAGUAUUAUCCAGAAUACGAAAAAUGUAAACAAUGGUUAGAAGUAAACUUGCCUUCGGAAUUUGAAAAAGUAAAAAUUGGGGACGACAAUCCAGUCGAGGAAGAAAAGAAACGACAAAAACGUGGGGGCAAAGGUAUGAUUAAAACUAAGAAAAAGGAAGAUGGUCCAAAACAAGUUUGUGUAUCUAGGGCUCCGAGAGGCAAAAAGAAGUCAGUUACUGUAGUUACGGGUUUAAGUAGUUUUGAUAUUGAUUUGAAGGUUGCUGCGAAAUUCUUUGGUACAAGAUUCGCAUGUGGUUCUUCUGUAACUGGUGAUGAUGAGAUUGUUAUUCAAGGUGAUGUCAAAGAUGAUUUAUUCGAUGUUAUUCCAGAAAAAUGGCCAGAAAUUGAUGAAGACUUUAUAGAAGAUUUAGGUGACCAAAAAAGAUAAUUUUCGAAAAAUUUAUGUGAAAUUGCUAUACUUUUCUCAUUUUCUCUCUCCCUUCAAUGAAAAUUUCAAGUUUUUAUUGAUAUUUCUGAAAUUACC